AAAAGACUGUAAUUAGUCGUCGUAAAAAAACUCUGAAACGUUUAAGAAAUUGGAAUUUAAUACUUUCGCAGUAUAAACAAAAAAAAAACUGAAUUUAGGCCCGUAAUUUAAGAGGUCUAUAUUGAAACGUCUGGUUUGUUACCGUAACAGACACGUGUGGCACGUUUGGAGCGGCAGCUCCAGGGGCAUAUGCCGAGUCUGAGAUACUCACUUCUGCAUGACCCUACUUAACCGGUGGUCAAACUUAUAACUUAACCAUGGUUAAGCUUUAACAGCCGUCGAGAUCUUUCCACGUGUAUCAAUCUGGUAGCCACAAUAUUUUUCUCUCUCGCCGCUUCCCUUCCUUUUAGCCGCUUAUAAAAACACACCGCAAGAUCCUCUCUACAUCCACGACUGAUCCAAAACCAUUCCUCAAAGCUCUCAUACUAAACAACCAACAAUGGCGUUUCCUAAAGUUUUCUUCGACAUGACCGUCGACGGCAAGCCCGCGGGAAGGAUCGUGAUGGAGCUGUACACCGACAAGACUCCCAAGACUGCUGAGAAUUUCAGAGCUCUCUGCACGGGUGAGAAGGGAGUCGGGAGCAAAGGCAAGCCUCUUCACUUCAAGGGGUCUUCCUUCCACCGCGUGAUCCCUAACUUCAUGUGUCAGGGAGGAGAUUUCACGGCCGGGAACGGGACGGGAGGCGAGUCCAUCUACGGGGAGAAGUUCGCCGACGAGAAUUUCGAGAGGAAGCACACCGGUCCUGGGAUCCUCUCCAUGGCCAACGCUGGUCCCAACACCAACGGGUCGCAGUUCUUUAUCUGCACUGUUAAGACCGAUUGGCUUGAUGGUAAGCAUGUGGUGUUCGGGCAGGUGGUGGAAGGGUUAGACGUGGUGAAGGCGAUCGAGAAGGUGGGGUCGGCUUCUGGAAAGCCGUCGAAGCCGGUGGUCGUGGCCGACUGUGGUCAGCUCUCUUAGAUCACAUGAGAUCUAAAAUUAGCGUCUUCGUUGCCCUCUAGUGAGUGGUGUUCGGUCCUCAUCGUGUGUCUCUGCUUUUGCUUUUGUGUUCUUUUCAUUUGGUGCAAGUCAUAAAAGCUUGGUGUGUGUUCGUUCUCAUGUCACCCUAAUUAGUAGCUAGUACCAUAAAUAAUGAAUGAGCUUGUGUUUACCCUUUUCA